AUGACCUCAACGACCCGGAAUAAUCGGGUUGGGCCAUUUGGGUUGGGAACCGGUACAUCCAAUAACGAGCAGCCACGAUCGGCCAACAAAGCAUUCGGGUCUGGGUUUGGAAAUGGGGCUAGCGCUUGGACUGGCGACAUCUGGUCGUCGGGCAAUGCUAUUGGAAGUGGAAUGAAGGGUGGGCUACAAGAUAAUGGUCGAGCGCCAAAUGAGCUUCUCGCAUCUGGCACCUCUGAAGCAGUGACUGGGUCCAAGUCCCUGCUACCCUCUUCCGAAUCAGACAGCUUCAACGCCCGCCACGGGUCAUGGAAAUCUGUGGAUGACACUUCGCCUGGCCUCUCGCGUGUGCAUACCAAUCAUUCGAAUACCUCUCCCAUCAGUCGCCAACACAGCAAUCACCUGAUUCCUCAGGCGUUUCCAGAACCGAACUCGGUCAAUUCCUCGUACUUUUCCAUACAACCGCCGUCUACCACGAUCUCCAGCAGAUCCUCGCAGAAGAGCUUCCUUGACCCGACUUCAGGCAGUUUUGUAGCUUCUGGUGCAUUCGAUUCAAGCGACAUUAGCCGCACAUCAAGACACAAUAGCGACGAGGAAAACAGAUACGUGCAAAGGAAGAUAGCUUUUGAGGGAACUGAUGCUGGUUUUAGCAUGCAGCCUGCUCGACCUUCAUUCAACAAUAACAACAAUACCCAUUUGUCUGGGUAUAACAGUAGCGCGGCAUCCCGCAGCGGCAGUAUACCACCAUCACGCGGUGACGCUGAGUACGCAAUGAACUCAACGCGCGCCCGUGGUGACAUAACAAACAAUCAGUAUUUGCGAAACAACGCAUCCAACACGUCAACUGCUCCGCAUCGCCCCAACCUUUCAGCUCAAGCUCCACCAUAUUUGAUCCCCACAGGCCCCUCCAAACAGAAGUACGCAGCCCAGUUGAGCCCGACACAGCUCAACCAUCUCAUGGGGGACUUUGACAAGCUCAAUGUGGGGCAGGAAAACCAGCAGCCCGGGUUUGCUGCGCAGAGAGAAGCAUUAAAUGGGAAUUCGCUUCAAGUCAUGAGUGGAUUUCCCCAAGACUUCGUGCCCAGCAGCAACGAUGUCUGGAAUAGCAGAGAUGAUGGCGGGUAUCAAGGCCAUCAAGAUCAAUUCUCUACCGCUGGCAGUGGGUCGGGUUCCUUGAUGUCUCAAUCUAACAACCAUCGAGCCGUGGCUUUAGCCACGCGAUACUCGCACUCGCCGAGCAACAGCGAUGCACGCCAUAGUCACCACCACAGCCCCUUCUACUCAAAUGGCGGAACGCCCCCUCCAUAUCAACAGCGCGGCCCUGCACGCGGUGGUUACAACAACAAUGUCUCGACUGCCGUGCUGGAUCGCAGGCUGCGUGGUUUACAGCAAGAGCAACAGGGCUACAUGGUUCCUCCGCCGAACUUUGCGCAAUUCCGAAAUCAGUACCAACACGUGACUCCGUACGAAUUCUACCCUCGGAACGGCUUGCCACUGAAUCAACUCCACUCUUACUACCCAGUGCCUCCUGCACCCAAUCUUUUGACAGCGCCAAACGUUCCUAGGGGACCUGCAAGAGACCAUGACGUUGACCAAAGUCAGUUGAUGAGAGAAUUCAAAGAUACCAUGAACAAGCCCAACAAACGCAUCAAUGAACUAAAGGACAUCUACCAUCAUAUCGUGGAAUUCAGCGGCGAUCAGUAUGGUGCUCGUUUCAUUCAACGAGAGCUUGAGACAGCCAACAGCGAUGAAAAAGACCAGGUCUACCGAGAGCUGAUGACGAACACGGUGCAGCUGAUGACGGAUGUUUUCGGUAACUAUGUGAUACAGAAGUUCUUUGAGCACGGUAAUCAGUCACAGAAAAGGGGCUUGGCCAACCAGAUGAAAAGUCAUGUUGUGGUGCUGUCCUGCCAAAUGUACGGUUGCCGUGUAGUGCAGAAGGCUCUGGAACACAUCCUGACCGACCAACAAGCGCAGCUGAUCGGGGAACUUCAGCACAACGUCCUCAAAUGUGUCAAAGAUCAAAAUGGAAAUCAUGUGGUUCAAAAAGCUUUCGAGAGGAUACCCGCUGAGCAUAUCCAAUUCAUCAUCAACUCCUUCACUGGCCACGUUCAAGAAUUGGCGACCCACCAGUAUGGCUGCCGGGUCAUACAGCGCAUGCUCGAGUACUGCGAGGAGCACACUCGCACGGCAGUGCUCCAAGAAGUCCACGCCUCAGCUGCGUCACUAAUCGUCGACCAGUACGGCAAUUACGUAAUGCAACACAUCAUUGAGCAUGGCCGAGAGGAAGAUCGAGGGAGGACCAUUGCUCUCGUGACUUCCCAGCUGGUCAAUUUCUCAAAGCACAAGUUUGCCAGCAAUGUCGUGGAGGAUAGCAUACAAUCUGGCUCGAAGGAGGAAAGGCAGCGAAUCGUUGCUACUAUGACUGCGGUCAACGACAAGGGUCAAAGUCCUCUUCAGAUAUUGAUCACGGAUCAAUAUGGCAACUACGUGAUCCAAAAGCUUUUGAAAGUUCUCAAAGGCUCCGAAUGGGAUGACUUCGUCGAGCUGACCAAAGCCCAACUAGCUCUCCUCAAGCGAUUUUCAUAUGGCAAACAAAUUGCGGCCAUCGAAAAGCUCAUUUAUUGCGCUCCAUGUCCUCCACAGAUGGCAGAUGGCCGUAUUCCACCUCCAACUAUCGACACCUCUGUCGGCCCCACACCACCCCUUUCGACUGGCGCCGCACAGUCUCCACAGAGUGGCUCACAGCCGAGUACGCAUGCCAGCUCCAUUGAAGGCCCUCAUACAUCUCGCAAGUCGAGUGGGAGCAAUGUUGUCAGCGUUCUAACACCAACUUCUACAUGA